UGGAUCCUCUACCAUUAUGCUCCACCUCAGAAUUCACCAUGACGACAAGCGCUACGAGUGUGACAAAUGUGACGAAUGUGGGAAAACCUUCAUACGUCACGAUCACCUGACCAAACAUCAGAAAAUACACUCUGGUGAGAAAGCGCACCAAUGUGAAGAAUGUGGCAAGUGCUUCAGGCGGCAUGAUCAUCUGACGGUCCACUACAAAAGCAUUCAUUUGGGAGAGAAAGUUUGGCAGAAGUAUAAAACCGCUGUGCAUCAGUGUGAGGUUUGCAAGAAAGAAUUUAAAGGAAAGUCCAGUCUAGAAAUGCACUUCAGGACCCACUCAGGUGAGAAACCCCACAAAUGUCCUGAGUGCAACCAGACAUUUCGGAUCAAGAAGACCUUGACAAAGCACAUGGUGAUUCACUCAGACGCUCGUCCUUUUAACUGCCCCCACUGCAGCGCCACCUUUAAAAGAAAAGACAAGCUCAAGUACCACGUUGACCACGUGCACAGCACCCGGUUUACUGAGCAGCCCCUCGGCACACUCAGCGAGGACAAAAUAGUCUCCAUUCCCUUUGAGGAACCCUCUAAGGCAUACCGCGCUGAACCUAAGUCAGCCCUCCAGAGCACCCCUCCUCCUACGAAUGUCUGCGUGCCCGUCACUUUAGUUCCUGUCCAGAUGGCAGGAGGAGCGCAGGGUGACAUGAACGCUCACAGGGCCUCGUCUCUGUCCUCCCAAACUCACAGCGUUGUGAGCAUGCAGGCUGAAGGACAGCAGCAGAGCUCUGGCUACCAGGCCGCUGCAGACCUGGCAUUCUUAGAGAAGUACACCCUGACCCCCCAGCCUGCCAACAUUGUCCACCCUGUGAGGUCCGAUCAGAUGCUGGACCCCCGAGAGCAGUCCUACCUGGGCACGCUGCUGGGACUGGAUUCAGCUUCCUCUGUGCAGAACAUCUCUAACUCUGAUCACACACACUGAUGCUCCCCAGCCAAAAACUGGGCCUUUAAGGCACAGUCCGACAAACUUAACAUUUAAUAUGAAGAACGGAAGCUACAGUACUCAGUAUCCACCCCGACAUGUCACCCCUACGUAAAAUGAUUACAUUUAAGACAAAAACGACACAACUGCACUUGAUUCAUUUAGACUUGGGUGCGGAACGGGACCUCUUUGAUGUUUAGCCUGAUCUCACAAAUUCA